CCGAUGCUUCGCCGGUACACCAGUGAGCCUCACCGCAUCCGCCUCAGCCUCCAGAACGAGUGCGGGAAUAAUCAUCGCACCCACAAAUAUCACCCUCCGUCGCCGCUGCCGACACCAACCUCUCCAUGUCUGCCCCGAGCCCUGAAUCGCCAACCCCCACCGCCAAUACCGCUGUCGGUCCGCGACCGUCACGCGCAUUGCAACGACAUGCCCGUGUCAUGUCGCCUGAAGUCUUACCGGUUGAGAUAUGGCACAUUAUCAUCAUGUAUAUAGACGAUCAGUGUUUCGCCUGGUUCGUGCUGCGCCAGAUAUCUCCCUUUCUGGCUCAUGUCACGGAAGAUGUCUUCGCGCGAUACGUCUCGCGUACCUGCAGUCUUCGCUUCGCUGGACAGACGCUAUGGAGCUUGCUUCCUCCUGAUCUUCGUUGUGAUACACAAUCCCCAAAUCACACCCUCCGCGUGCAAUUGCCGUCGUUUCGCUUCCAGCCCUCGUCUUUUGUCCCCGCUAGCUCCAAGGCCAGACUUGUUCUGAAACUAUCUUCACCGGCAGCUGUGAACGACACGCCAUCCUUGCGCCAGCCAUAUGCAGGGACGGUAGACCUGACGAGCCGCCUCACUCAGGUUUUCUUCCAUCCCGGCGCUGUCGCAGACGCCGAACGCAACCGUUUGCUCAACCAAGCCCACUUUGUGCUUUUUAAUGACCAAUUAAAGAGCGUACGCCUCCCUUCACCAGCCAUCGAUGUUACUGCCCAGGAGCUAUCGCUUGACUGGCGUCAGCUCUGCGAGACCUUGAUGCGCGACCAGUUCAAGUGUCGUUUUGGCUCCGGUGCGUCGGUCCCCUGGUGGAGAGAGUUUCCGUGACCGGUCCUGUAUCACAUACCAAGAGCCUGCAGCUUCACCACCGUCACGAGGCCAUAACAUGUUCUCCCGUCUCGGCAAGCGCACAAGUAAUCUAUGCUCGUUGCAC